GACAAAGUAUUUAAACUGGUGCUGGUGACAAACAGAGAGGAGCUCUGCACACACCUCGGAGGGGCGCCUUACUAAAUUUUGUGCCCUCUUAUUAUAGGGUGCUAAAAGAAAAAAAAUACUCAAUGGCACCACCGGCACUGGUUCUACUGGUCACAGCAUGGAUACUGGCCAUCCAUCAAGCUACUACAGGGGCAGACGAUGUUCAUUGUUAUGCUGAGGUUAAUGACGUGACGGGUAAAUGCGAAGAUUUUCUUGGAGAAGGCGUGCCUGAACUGGAUUGCUGUCUGAAUAUAAAAUAUGCCUUUAAGCGGGAUUCUCAAUCUGAAUGUCAAGCCUGCCGUUCAGCAGAGUGGUCCCAGUGGAGUGAAUGGAGCCCGUGUACUGUGUCGUGUCAAAAAGGAGUUCAGCAAAGAGAGAGAGUCUGCAUAGGUCAGGGCGACUGUGAUGGGAACACAUUGGAGGUCCGUUCCUGCUCACUGCAAGAAUGCUGUCCUCAAGCUGGAGGCUGGUCACAAUGGAGCGCAUGGUCGGUGUGUUCUGUGACCUGUGAACGUGGACAGAGGAAACGCACCCGGGAAUGUAAUAGUCCUUCUCCAUUGUGUGGAGGGUCAUGUCGCGGGACUACUGAAGAGGUUGAAAAAUGUGACACCUUACAAAUCUGUCCAACUCAUGGACAAUGGGGUGCCUGGGGAAACUGGGGCGUGUGCUCCUCUAGCUGCAUUGUAGAAGGUUCUGGAAUACUCCCAACUCAGUCCCGAUUCCGACAGUGUGACAACCCGAGUCCUUCAAGCAGCCCCCCAGGAAAUCCAUGCCCAGGGAGUAAUCGGGACCCCAAAGAUUGCACUGGCCUUCCCUUUUGUCCAGUGGAUGGACAAUGGGGAGCGUGGCAGAAGGACUCGGAGUGCUCAGUCACCUGUGGCGUAGGACGGGUGAGGCAGAAGAGAUCUUGCGAUAAUCCAGCACCUAAACAUGGAGGAAGAUACUGCAUUGGAUCUCCUACCAGAAAUACUAUCUGCAAUACAAAAGAACCAUGUCCAAUUGAUGGGAAAUGGUCCAAUUGGGAGGAAUGGUCAGAAUGCAAACGUCUUUCAGCAGAUAAGGUUAAAUGUAAACAAAGAGUAGCGCUGCAGAACAGGAAACGCGUAUGUGUUGGUGCAAGGUUUGAAGGAAAGUGGUGUGAAGGUGAAGCCAGAGAAAGCCGAAGUUGCUACAAUGCAGAUGGUUGUCUUUACAACAACCCAGGUAGUUGGGCAGAAUGGAGCCAGUGGGGACUUUGUUCCUCCCCGUGUGGACAAUCUGAGAGAAAAAAAUCCAGAGAGUGUUUGCCAAACCAUCCAGAUUACCCGCUGAUUGUGGAAGGAGCCACAAAAUUUGUAGAUGUUUUUUUCUGGGGAACACCGGAGUUUAAAUGUGAUGCAAUCAACGGACAAACAAAUGAAGUGGAGGAGACCGAAGAGUGUAGCAACACCCCGCCGUGUAACUAAGAUGUUGGAGACCUGUACUAGUUGACUUCUUUAUGGUUGCUUUCCCCAACCAAAUUUCUACAUUUUUAUACUAUGGUGACAGAAUAUUAUGUCGUUUUUUAUGUGAAGCACAAAAGAUAUGCUACAACAUGAAAUAUUAUACCAUGCAACUUUAGGGAAUCAUUUUCUCCACCUUGAUCCAUCCAAUACAUCUAUACAUCUAUAUCUGGUUUGUCUCAGUUCCAUCCUGAGCAGUACAUCCGGGGGAACUUCUCGAUAGCGGGUAGUUCUUGACAGAACACCGCCAUGUUUCAAUCAGCACUGUUAUGUAUGAAUGUAAUAAAGGUAACUAUAAAAACGGAGUACAUUUUGUAACACAAUUAAA